GCCACUCGCCCGUCGCCCUCUCUCUUUGUGACUACUGACUUCUGUUGAGGGAGGAGACAUUGGAUUUUGGAUGAGCUGAUCUUCAUUCUCAAUCUACCAUAUUCUUGAAACGCCAAUCAGUCCAUAAUUUCUCUGCAGUAAAAAUGGCGAUAUGCCAUCAUCAACCUCAAUUCGGCAUCUCUUCUUCUUCUUUUCCAUUUACUACUAACCUUUCAAACAAGUCCCACCUUCAUCUCCCAUCCUCUUUCCGCUGCAAUAUAUCCAUCACUAGGAAUCUUGAACCUGAACCCGUUUACACUUGCGUCAAGUCUUUUUCCCCUGCCACUGUAGCCAACCUCGGCCCUGGAUUUGACUUUCUCGGUUGCGCAGUCGACGGAAUUGGAGAUUAUGUUACCCUCAAAGUCGACCCCCAAGUGCACCCUGGUGAGAUUUCAAUCACUGAUAUUUCCGGAACCGGUAACUCUGCCAAGAAACUCAGCAAAAACCCUAUGUGGAAUUGCGCUGGUAUUGCCGCCAUCUCGGUCAUGAAGAUGCUCAACAUCCGAUCAGUUGGCCUCUCUCUAUCCCUCGAAAAGGGGCUCCCCCUUGGCAGCGGCCUCGGUUCCAGCGCCGCCAGUGCUGCCGCUGCUGCUAUUGCCGUUAACGAGAUAUUUGGUGGAAAGUUACCUGCAUUGGACUUGGUUAUGGCGGGAUUGGAAUCGGAAGCUAAGGUGUCUGGGUACCAUGCUGAUAAUAUUGCUCCGGCAAUCAUGGGUGGUUUCGUACUUGUCCGGAGUUAUGAUCCAUUGGAGUUGAUUCCUUUGAAGUUUCCGGUUGAAAAGAAUCUAUGGUUUGUAUUGGUGAAUCCGGAAUUCGAAGCUCCUACAAAGAAAAUGAGGGCGGCAUUGCCGACAGAGAUAACAAUGUCGCAUCAUAUAUGGAACAGUAGUCAAGCAGGUGCAUUGGUGGCGGCUGUUUUGCAGGGUGAUUUGAUUGGGUUCGGGAAGGCUUUAUCGGCUGACAAGAUUGUGGAACCUCGGAGGGCGCCAUUGAUUCCAGGGAUGGAUGGUGUGAAGAAGGCGGCAUUAGAGGCGGGGGCAUAUGGGUGUACGAUAAGCGGAGCAGGGCCGACAGCGGUGGCAGUUAUAGAUGAUGAGGAAAAAGGGAGGGAGAUUGGGGAGAAGAUGGUGGAAGCUUUUAUGGGUGAGGGGAAUUUGAAAGCCGUGGCAAUGGUGAAGAAAUUGGACAGAGUUGGGGCUAGGCUUGUUAGUCACAAUUAAGCUUAAUUGGAUGGAAUAAGAGAUGUUGUAUGUGAUUUAGUUUCCGUUUCCGUUUCCGUUUCUUGGAUAUGAAUCUUUUUGUGUGUGAUUUUCAGA